CUCUUGCCAGGUUGAUAUGGGCCAACCUCGACCGUGACACAGGUUGACAUCACCAACAUGGCCUCUACGCCCCCCAACGGCUCCUCCUCCAACUCCCACGUCCCUUCAACCCCGAGUGGCCUACGCCAGAGCUACACAGGCUCGUCGUCGUCGUCGUCGUCGUCUUCCUCGUCUGUCGCAGCGCCGCCCUCCGCCCAGCGCGCCCCCACCCAUACCACGUCUGGCCCUUCUUCACCUUCAAACCACGACAGGCUUCCUUCAGAGACCACCGCCCUGCUUGGUGACACCUUUUACCGCGACCACGCACACGAAGGGCCUUGCGAUCACGGCACCUUCUCCCCGCGGCCAGCCAGCCCCUCCACCAGCAAUAUCCGCUCCAACAAUGCCUCGCAAGACAUUUCUCGCGCUGCCUCCCCAGGUGCCUCCUCCGAGAGCUCCCUCCCCAUCAUCGACAGCGUCGUCGCUUAUGUUUCCGCAAAGGGCGCAUCUGAUUGGAGGAGACGUUGGGCGAGGAGGAUCAAAAGCAAGACCAUGAGCCGGUCUGGUGAGCUGGCCGAGAGGCACGGUGUCAAGGACAGCCCGUACAUGUACCUCUCCUAUUAUCUGCCGUGCCUCAUCUGGAUGCGCGAGUACAAGUUUUCCUUCCUCAAGGGCGACUUCAUUGCUGCCCUGACCAUCGCCGGCAUGUAUUUGCCCAUGGCCCUCUCCCUCGCCGAUAAUCUCGCCCACGUGCCCGCCAUCAAUGGCCUCUACGCCUUCGUCUUCAACCCCUUCUGCUACGCUCUUCUCGGCAGCGCCCCCCAGAUGAUCCUCGGCCCUGAGGCUCCCGGGUCGCUACUCGUCGGCAGCGUCGUCAAGGGCAGCGUGGACAGGGGACGUGGCGCAGACGACGACGCCAUCAUGCACGCCAAAAUCUGCGGUGUGAUUGCCGGCACGGCUGGCGCUACUAUCCUUUUGUCAGGGCUCUUCCGCCUCGGCUUCCUCGACAGCGUCCUGUCCAAGCCCUUCCUGCGCGGCUUCAUUUCCGCCAUCGGCUUUGUCAUCUUCGUCGAGCAGCUCCUACCCGAGCUAGGCCUGGCCAGCCUCGCUGCUGAUCACGUCGGCCACGGCAGCGCAGUCGACAAAUUGAGCUUCAUCUUCAGCCACCUCGGCGACGUCCAUGUGCUGACCGCCGCCAUCGCUGCGGCCAGCUUUGCCAUCGUCAUGACGUGCAGGGAGAUGAAACGUCGACUUCAGCCUCGCUAUCCCGGUGUUGCCUACAUCCCUGACCGGCUCGUGGUCGUUGUCCUGUCCGCGGUACUGUGCUAUUUCCUGGAGUGGGAGAAGCACGGGGUUGCCAUCAUGGGUGAUAUCAAGGCGGCUUCUGGCCACGUCUUCACCUUCCGCUGGCCCUUUCAGCUGUCCCAAAUGACCCAUAUCCGGGACGCCAUGGGCACCUCGUUCCUGAUCGCCCUGCUUGGCUUUUUUGAGUCGUCUGUAGCCGCCAAGAGCCUGGGCCCCAGCAAGGAUCUCCCCGGCAUUCAGCUGAGCCCCAACCGGGAGCUCGUGGCGCUGGGCACCGCGAACCUCAUCGGCUCCUGCUUCAUGAGCAUGCCCGCCUUUGGAGGCUAUGGGCGGAGCAAGGUCAAUAAGCAGACGGGCGGGAAGACCCCCUUGAGCUCGUUGUUCCUGAGCGGCCUGACCGUCAUCACCAUCUUCUUUAUCCUGCCGUACUUUUACUAUCUGCCGAAACCGGUCUUGUCUUCCCUCAUCACAGUUGUGGCCUGGUCCCUGGUUGAGGAGGCGCCUCACGAUGUGGCCUUCUUCCUGCGCAUUGGUGCGUGGCCAGAGCUCACGCUCAUGCUGGUGAUCGUUGUGACGACAAUCUUUUACUCCCUCAACCUGGGAAUUGCGGUGGGCAUCGGCCUCUCUCUGCUGCAGGUGAUCCGUCAUGCAACACGACCGCGCAUUCAGAUCCUGGGCCGCAUCCCUGGUACGCAGCGUUUCGAGAAUGCAGAGACCAACCCGGAGCGCCUCGAGUUUAUCGAGGGCUGUCUGAUUGUCAAGAUCCCAGAGCCGUUGACCUUUGCCAACACGGGCGAGCUGAAGACACGGCUCAGGCGUCUGGAGAUGUAUGGGACAGGCAAGGCGCAUCCUGCGCUGCCCCGACUGCGGCACGAGGACUCCAACAAGAACGUCAUCUUCGACAUCCACGGCGUUACAUCGCUUGACGGCUCCGGGACGAUGGUUCUCGAGGAGAUCCUGCGUACAUAUCGGGAGCGCGGUGUGCGUGUCUUCUUUAGCCGGUGCCCAGGGCGCGAUAGCAAAGUGUGGGCGCUCAUGGUACGCAGCGGGAUUGUAGAGCUGGUGGGCGGGGAGGAUCACUUUGUGGAUGACGUGCAGGAUGCGCUCAAGAUGACAGAGGUGGAAGACGGAGGGGAGCGACACAUGGAGUGGGAAGUGGAGGAGGAGGAGGAGGAGGGGCAGCAUGGCGUCUUGUAUACUUAGAGCGCAUAUCACGGCAAAAGAUUUUUUUAUAGAGAUAGCAUCGGCGUUCUGAUCAGCUGUUACAUCUGGGAAUUUGAACUUUAUAGAAAUUGCGACAC